CAGAAAUUCUCAACUUCUAAUCAUAUUAACGUAUUCUGAGAUGCCUCGGAGAAUUAUUAUUAUUGGUGGCGUUGCGGGUGGUAUGUCCGCGGCCACCCGUCUUCGGCGUCUUGACGAAUCAGCCAUCAUUACUGUAUUCGAACAGGGAGCUUAUACCGGCUUCGCCAACUGCGGCAUCCCCUAUGCGCUGGGCAAGGUUAUUGAGCAUGACGAAGAGCUGAUCCUACGCACACCAAAUGACUUCAAACAGCGAUUUAACAUUGAUGUUCAUCUUCGCGUUGAAGUCAUCAAUAUCGAUCGUGCAAGACAUUCGGUCAGUGUACGGACUGAAGGAGAAGAUCGGAUUCAUCAAUUUGUAUACGACAAGCUCAUCCUUGCUCAAGGCGCCGAAGCAUUUCGCCCUCCAUGUGCUGGGGCGGAAUUGGACAAUAUUGCCACAAUGCAGACAAUCGCUGACCUCCAAAAGGUUCACGAUUUGCUGUCAGAUCGCAAUGCUAAGCAUGUGUGUGUGAUUGGAGCCGGUUUCAUCGGUAUCGAGGUUGCUGAGAACUUGCGAAAGCUUGGAGUCGAUGUUUCAAUUGUCGAGUAUGGAUCGCAUGUCUUUCCGCCUAUUGAUGGCGAGAUGGCUGAAAUACUUCACUCAGAACUCCGCGACAACGGCAUUGAGUUGUUUCUGAACGAGUCAGCCCAGAAGAUCGAUAAAUCCCAAAUCAUCUUAUCUAGUGGACUCGUGCUACCCGCCGACCUGGUGAUUUUGGCUGCAGGUGUCAGGGCCAGAAUAGGUCUGGCAAAGCAGGCAGGUUUAGUAAUGGGUGCGACCGGAGUCAGCGUCAACACUCACAUGCAAACCUCUGACCCUGACAUAUAUGCAGUCGGGGACAUGGUUGAGACUCAAAACAAUAUCAUGGAAAAGCCGGCAAUGCUCGCCCUGGCUGGUCCAGCCAACAGACAAGGUCGAAUGGCGGCUGACCAUAUCUGCGGCAAAACGGUGAAUUACCAUGGAAAUUUUGGCACAUCCGUCUGCCAGGUAUUCAGUCUGACUCUCGGAUUUGUCGGACUUUCGACCCAAGCACUCCGCCAACUUGGUCAUGAUCCUCUUUCAAUCACGGUGCAUCCUCCUGACCAUGCAGGAUAUUUCCCAGGCUCACAGAACAUGACUAUCAGACUUGCCUUCCAGAAGGAAACAGGGCAUAUAAUGGGAGCACAAAUUAUAGGCAAGGGUGGUGUUGACAAAAGAAUAGACGUGCUGGCGACAGCAAUGCAGUUUGGCAGCACGGUCUUUGAUCUUGAGCAUCUUGAGUUGGGAUACGCGCCACCAUAUGGCUCGGCAAAGGAUGCAGUCAAUAUGGCUGGCUUUGUGGCAUCCAAUGUUCUUCGCGGAGACUGUAGGAUUGUCCAAGCUGAACAGCUUACCAGAGAAAAAUUCGACAAACUGCAAGUUGUGGAUGUCCGUUCUCCCGAGGAAUUUGCUCGUGGUCAUCUUCACCAGGCAGUCAAUCUUCCGCUCAAUGACCUGAGACAUCAGUUGGCCACGCUGGACAGUUCAAGACCAACUCUGGUAUACUGUCAAGUUGGUUACCGCGGCUAUUUGGCUUAUUGCAUUCUCAGACAGCUCGGGUUUGAUGUCGUUAAUCUGGACGGGGGCUUCAAGACUGUAAUUCAAGGAGGAUAUCAAUCCUUAUGUAGUUAAAACUUGGUUUUAAACUGAA